AUGAGAUUAGUUAGAAGAAAUAUCGAAAGGGAUCGCUCGGGCUCUAUUACCCUUUACCCUGAGCAUUUGGAAGACAUGUGGCACGUUUAUAAUCUUAUUUCCCCAGGGGAUGAACUUAAGGCGUCAACUAUACGGCGUAUUCAGAAUGAAAGUACAACCGGUUCCGUGGAUUCACGAAGAAUAAAACUUACUUUGAGCAUAACGGUGGAAAAAAUUGACUUUGACCCACAAGGAGGAUUAUUAAGAAUUCGAGGGAAGGUUAUUGGUGAAAAUAAAUAUGUCAAGAUGGGCACAUAUCAUACGAUCGAUCUUGAAUUGAAUCGAAAUUUUACGCUUACUAAACAAGAAUGGGAUAUUAUUGCGCUUGAACGUGUCGAAGAAGCUUGUGAUAUCACCAGGCAGGCCGACGUAGCUGCUAUUGUCCUUCAAGAGGGUCUAGCAAAUAUAUGUUUGGUCACCCAGAACAUGACUAUUGUACGGCAAAGAAUUGAACAUCCUAUCCCCAAGAAACGCAAGGGAUCGGUGACAAAUUAUGAGAAGGGACUUCAAAAGUUUUAUGAACAAGUCAUGCAAGCAAUUUUACUUCAUGUAAAUUUUGAAAUAGUCAAAGUUGUCAUUUGCGCCAGUCCUGGUUUUGUCAAGGAUCAACUUUAUAAAUAUAUUUUUGAAGAGGCCGUGAAAAAUGACAUUAAACAACUUCUUGAAAAUAAGUCAAAAUUUAUAUUAAUUCACUGUUCUUCGGGGCAUAAACAUGCACUACAAGAAGUUUUGCAAGAUGCAAACAUACAAGGUCAACUAUCUGACACUAAAUACGCACGAGAAGUUAUAGCUCUAGAAAAAUUCUACAAGAUGUUAAACGAAGAUUCAGAUCGAGCCUUUUAUGGUUGGGACCAUGUCAAAAAGGCAGAAGAAAGAGGAGCUAUUGGGACGUUGCUUCUUUCGGAUGAGCUUUUCAGAUCUGCAGAUAUUCCUACUCGUAGGAAAUAUGUCCAGCUUGUCGAAUCUGUACGUUCUACAGGCGGUAAAGUGCUGAUAUUUUCGAGUUUACAUUUUUCGGGAGAGCAACUUAACCAACUUACCGGUGUAGCGGCUAUUUUAAAUUUUCCGUUGCCAGAUAUCGAGCUCGAUGAAGAGGAAGCUAAAGUUUAA